AUGGUUGCUUUUACUGUUGACCAAAUCCGUUCUUUAAUGGACAAGGUUACGAAUGUUCGUAACAUGUCCGUUAUUGCCCACGUCGAUCACGGUAAAUCUACUUUGACCGACUCCUUGGUUCAAAGAGCUGGUAUUAUUUCCGCCGCCAAGGCUGGUGAAGCUCGUUUCACUGAUACAAGAAAGGAUGAACAAGAAAGAGGUAUUACUAUCAAGUCUACUGCUAUUUCUUUGUUCGCUGAAAUGAGCGAAGAAGAUGUUAAGGACAUCAAGCAAAAGACUGAUGGAAGAUCUUUCUUGAUCAACUUGAUUGACUCUCCAGGUCACGUUGACUUCUCUUCUGAAGUUACUGCUGCUUUGCGUGUUACCGAUGGUGCUUUGGUUGUUGUUGACACUGUUGAAGGUGUUUGUGUCCAAACUGAAACUGUGUUGAGACAAGCUUUGGGUGAAAGAAUCAAGCCUGUUGUUGUCAUCAACAAGGUUGACAGAGCUUUGUUGGAAUUGCAAGUUUCCAAGGAAGAUUUGUACCAAUCUUUCUCCAGAACUGUUGAGUCCGUCAACGUUAUCAUCUCUACAUACUCUGAUGAAGUCUUGGGUGAUGUUCAAGUCUACCCACAAAAGGGUACCGUGGCUUUCGGUUCCGGUUUGCACGGUUGGGCUUUCACCAUCCGUCAAUUUGCCAACAGAUACUCCAAGAAGUUCGGUGUUGACAGAGAAAAGAUGAUGGACAGAUUGUGGGGUGACUCUUACUUCAACCCAAAGACUAAGAAGUGGACUAACAAGGACAGAGAUGCUGAUGGUAAGACUUUGGAAAGAGCUUUCAACAUGUUUGUUUUGGACCCUAUCUUCAGAUUAUUCUCUGCUAUCAUGAACUUCAAGAAGGAUGAGAUUCCAGUCUUGUUAGAAAAGUUGGAAAUCAACUUGAAGUCUGAUGAAAGAGACUUGGAAGGUAAGGCUUUGUUGAAGAUCGUCAUGAGAAAGUUCUUGCCAGCUGCUGAUGCUUUGUUGGAAAUGAUUAUCAUGCACUUGCCAUCUCCAGUCACUGCUCAAAACUACAGAGCUGAACAAUUGUACGAAGGUCCAAGCGAUGACCCAGCUUGUAUUGCUAUCAAGAACUGUGACCCAACCUCUGACUUGAUGUUGUACGUCUCUAAGAUGGUGCCAACCUCUGACAAGGGUAGAUUCUACGCUUUCGGUAGAGUUUUCGCUGGUACUGUUAAGUCUGGUCAAAAGGUUAGAAUCCAAGGUCCAAACUACACCCCAGGUAAGAAGGAAGAUUUGUUCGUUAAGUCUAUUCAAAGAGCUGUUUUGAUGAUGGGUAGAUUUGUUGAGCCAAUUGACGACUGUCCAGCUGGUAACAUUGUUGGUUUGGUCGGUAUUGAUCAAUUCUUGUUGAAGAGUGGUACUUUGACUACUUUCGAGACUGCCCACAACAUGAAGGUCAUGAAAUUCUCUGUCUCUCCAGUUGUGCAAGUCGCUGUUGAAGUCAAGAACGCUAACGACUUACCAAAGUUGGUCGAAGGUUUGAAGAGAUUGUCCAAGUCUGACCCAUGUGUUUUGACUGGUAUGUCUGAAUCUGGUGAACACAUUGUUGCCGGUACUGGUGAAUUGCAUUUGGAAAUUUGUUUGCAAGAUUUGGAGAACGACCACGCUGGUAUUCCAUUGAAGAUCUCUCCUCCUGUCGUUACUUACAGAGAAACUGUUGAAGGUGAAUCUUCUCAAGUUGCUUUGUCUAAGUCUCCAAACAAGCAUAACAGAAUUUACCUAAAGGCAACCUCCCUUGAUGAGGAAGUUUCUUUGGCUAUUGAAAGUGGUAAGGUUAACCCAAGAGAUGACUUCAAGGCUAGAGCAAGAGUCUUGGCUGACGAGUACGGCUGGGAUGUCACUGACGCCAGAAAGAUUUGGUGUUUCGGUCCAGACGGUAACGGUCCAAACGUUGUUGUCGACCAAACUAAGGCUGUUCAAUACUUGAACGAAAUUAAGGACUCCAUUGUCUCAGCCUUCCAAUGGGCUACCAAGGAAGGUCCAAUUCUAGGUGAACCUAUGAGAUCCGUCAGAGUUAACAUCUUGGAUGUUACUUUGCACGCUGAUGCUAUCCACAGAGGUGCUGGUCAAAUAAUGCCAACCAUGAGAAGGGCUACCUACGCUGGUUUCUUGUUGGCUGAUCCAAAGAUUCAAGAACCUGUCUUCUUGGUCGAAAUUCAAUGUCCAGAACAAGCUGUCGGUGGUAUCUACUCCGUCUUGAACAGAAAGAGAGGUCAAGUCAUCUCUGAAGAGCAAAGACCAGGUACUCCAUUGUUCACCGUCAAGGCUUACUUGCCAGUUAACGAAUCCUUCGGUUUCACUGGUGAAUUGAGACAAGCUACUGGUGGUCAAGCUUUCCCACAGAUGGUCUUCGACCAUUGGUCUACCUUGGGUACCGACCCAUUGGACCCAUCCACCAAGGCUGGUGAAAUUGUUCUUGCCGCUAGAAAGAGACACGGUAUGAAGGAAGAAGUUCCAGGUUGGCAAGAAUACUACGACAAGUUGUAA